AUGGCUAAGUUGGCUGAUAAAUUUGUGAGGAUGCCAUCCAGCGUGGCGGAAUCAAGUUCCUCAUCAGACGAUAGUGAGGGACGUUCGAAGUCCAGAAGCAGCGAUAGUAGCGUUCCUUUUCGCUACCGCAAGCGUGGCGAGUCACAAGCUGAUUCUCCUGCUUUAUCCGCUUCCAAAUCUCCUGAUAGGCGUCGCGGCAGAAAAAGGUCCAAAUCGCCUGAUACUUCUCGUCGUUCCUCUCCUAAAUCUGGAAAACGAACCACCACGAAAAGUGAGCGUGAUCGCAGAAGAUCAAACUCGUCCGCGAGCAGGUCUCCAAGAAGAAAUGGCAAUUCGCCACCAAAACGUUUCCGGUCCCCAUCAAGGCGAAGAUCUUCAUCUAGAAAUCGUCAACGAAGCACGUCACCGGUCCGGAAAAGAGAGCGACGUCGUAGUCCUCGCGAAGAAAGACGUCGCGAACGUGACCGUUCUCGGUCUGGAUCGCCGAAAAGACGCCCGAUCCGAUCUGUCUCCCAGUCGAGGUCACGUUCAAGAUCACGAAGUCCCAGGGCAACGAAGAAUUCUCAUGAGCACAGAAGAAGCCGAGAUAGCGUUUCACGAUCACCUUACCACGGCGAGAGACGACGUAGAUCUCGGGAUGGUCGUACUCGUGAAGAUAGUCGAACACGUUCUCCGUAUCAUGGAAGGCGAAGGUCAAUAUCUCGGUCUCGAAGCCCCCUGGAAACAAGGAGGUCAUCAUACAUGAACAGAAAUAACAGAGAAAGUGGAUCACCGAAUCAACGCAGGCAUGAAACCCGCGCUAGCCCAUAUGACGACUAUCGCCGUGACAGAAGUCGUUCUCGUUCAUGUUCUCCGAAAAGACGUAACAUCAGAAGGAGAUUAGCGUCUCGCUCAAGAUCUCGGUCACGCUCUAAAAGUCCAACUGCGAUCAGAAAUACUUACAACGAGAGGCGUCGUGAGCGAAGAUUACGUAUUAUGGAGGAGGGGGCGUAUGAAGUUUGGGGUUUCUCUCCUACACAAAGCGAAAUCGAACACGUUUAUGCUUCGUACCACGAACUUGAGGAAUCGAAACGCAAAGAACUAGAAAAGGCUGAGAAGCUGCGAGCAGAGCGUAAUUUGGAAAAGAAGUUGGAAGAGAAGAAACGUCGUGCUGAUGUUAUGAAAGGAGAAGUAGCUGAAUGUGAUGUGUCAGAAGCGGAAAAUAACGGCACCGAAAAAGCGAAGAAAAAGAAGAAGAAAAAGGAGAAAAAGGCCAAGAAAGAAAAGAAAACCAAGAAGGACAAAAAGAGCAAAAAGAAAAAGAAGGCGAAAAAGAAGGGAAAUAGUGAUGAUGAGGACAGUGAUGAAUGGGUAGAAGUUACUCAUGACAUGAGGUUGGAAGAAGCAGCAAGAGAAGCCAGGGAAGAACAGGAGAUGCCUGGACCAGCAUUGCCUGAGCACCUUCAGGCUCGUAAUCAGCUCGGGCCCAAUAUCAAGACAAACUAUGGUAAAGACAUGUUGAAGGGCGAAGCUGCAGCUAUGGCUGCUUAUGCAGCUAGAGGCGAGCGUAUUCCUAGAAGAGGUGAAAUUGGUCUUUCAUCUGCUGAAAUUAGCGAGUUUGAGAAAGUAGGAUAUGUAAUGAGUGGUACGAGACACAAAGCUAUGGAAGCGACUCGAUUGCGCAAAGAGAAUCAGGUAUUAACGGUUGAAGAAAAACGUCUCUUAUCCGGCUUUUCUCAAGAAGAACGCAAGAAGAAAGAAACUGCAAUGUUGGAACAAAUGCGUAGUUUAAUUGCAUCGAAACGUGCAGAAUAA